AGCUGUGGCCGGCAGGGAUUGGCGGGAGGAAUUGGUACUCACUCUCUUCUCUGCUACGUUGGUGGGUGGAGAAGCGAAGCUGGGCCGCCACGGAGACGCAACUCGUAAUUGGCGGGUGUUCUUUCCUUCGGGCUCUAGGGAUUGGUGGAUGGCCGAUUGGGCGGUGCUGAUUGGACAGCAGCGUCCUGGGCGGGCCCGCCCUGAUCCCGCCCUGAUCCCGCCCUGAUCCCGCCCCGCCGCCGGGACUGACUGGCGGAAGGGGAAGUGGGGCGGGGAGGUGGGCAGGCGGCGGUGGGAAAGAUGGCGUACCAGAGCCUCCGGUUGGAGUACCUCCAGAUCCCACCGGUCAGCCGCGCCUACACCACCGCCUGCGUCCUCACCACCGCCGCUGUGCAGUUGGAAUUGAUCACACCUUUUCAGUUGUACUUCAAUCCUGAAUUAAUCUUUAAACACUUUCAGAUAUGGAGGCUAAUCACCAAUUUCUUAUUUUUUGGGCCAGUUGGAUUCAAUUUUUUAUUUAACAUGAUUUUUCUAUAUCGUUACUGUCGAAUGCUAGAAGAAGGCUCUUUCCGAGGUCGGACAGCAGACUUUGUAUUUAUGUUCCUUUUUGGUGGAUUCUUAAUGACCCUGUUUGGUUUGUUUGUGAGCUUAGUUUUCUUGGGCCAGGCCUUUACAAUAAUGCUUGUCUACGUGUGGAGCCGAAGGAACCCAUAUGUCCGCAUGAACUUCUUCGGCCUUCUCAAUUUCCAGGCCCCCUUUCUACCCUGGGUGCUCAUGGGCUUUUCCUUGUUGUUGGGGAACUCAAUCAUUGUGGACCUCUUGGGUAUUGCGGUUGGACACAUAUAUUUUUUCUUGGAAGAUGUAUUUCCCAAUCAGCCUGGUGGAAUAAGAAUUCUGAAAACACCAUCUAUUCUGAAGGCUAUUUUUGAUACACCAGAGGAAGAUCCAAAUUACAAUCCACUCCCUGAAGAGCGGCCAGGAGGCUUCGCCUGGGGCGAGGGCCAGCGCCUCGGCGGUUAAGGCAGCGGUGCCAAUAAUGAGACCCAGCCGGGAAGGACUCAGUGACAUACCCCUCGGGAUUCUUUUAUCCUUUGUGUUGCAAAAGUGUGGACACUUUUGACAGCUUGACAAGAUUUUAACUCCAGAAGCACUUUAUGGAAUGGCACGUUGAUGGAUACAGAAGACAUUUCCAGCCUCCUGCCAGUGGUUCCUCACUACGCUGGUACUGAAAGUAUAAUCUCUCGGAGCCAAGAAACUGGAGAAACAAAGACCCUGCACCUCUAAGGAGCGAGUACCCGAGUACCCGAGUUCUGUGGUGACGGGCAGAGUUUUUUCCUCCUCCUCCUCCUCCUCCUCUUUGAUAGAUGAGGCCGUGGUGUAAAUGGAAGUUUCAGAGAGGACAAAAUAAAACUGAAUUCCAUCUCUCUCUCACUGAAUUAACGCUUUUGUGUGUGAUCUUUUAAAUUAUCACAGUGUCUCCUAGCUCUCCUGCAUAGGUCCGAGCUCAGAGUCGUUUCCAUGCCCACUGUUCCCGUGUCUUCACAGCUUUCGACUGGAUUUCAUUUCAAGACUAGAAACACGUGGCUGACGCACUGUGGCUGUACACGCAUCUUCCUAGCAGAAUGCCAGCUCCAGCAGGAAGAGGAUUUGCUUCUGUUGUCCAGAUGGUUUGUUCUCCGUCUGGGUUUUACAAAACUUCAAGUUGUCAGACAACGCCGGAAAAAGAGGGUAGGGUGGCUCCAGUAACAAUAGGAAUCCGGCUGUAGGAGAGUCAGGCGCGAAGCUACUAUGGCUUCUCAUUUAUUAACUCUGCUUUCAUUUCUCCGUUCAGAAACAUCCAGGGAAAGGCAGAUAAUGGCCACCAUUUUGGAAAAGAACAGAAAGAUCUUUUUCACACCAGGAAGACAAGUUAGAAUGUUGAUUUUGGAGCCAGAGGAACAGGUACCAGUUAGGCAGGAAUACAUUUCUCCUGGGUCUUUGGCUGGUGAACAUGUAUCAUCUGCUUCGUGAAAAGCCAGGGAGCUUUCAGAGCCAAGUACCUGGUUUACCUUCCCAAUCAGGUAGAAAUCGGACAAGGGCCACAGAAGUUGGCACUUAACACCAGUGGUUCACUAAGUACCUACCCAAAAUACUCACCCUUCUGGGGCUCAGAAAGUUUUCAAUAACACUGCCUAAAUAAUUCAGAGAACCCAGAGGAAUAGAAUGGACACCCCAAAGAAGGGGAUUAAUUCACAUCGUUUUAAUAGACAGUAUGUAGGCACAGGAACAUUCCCCAAGUAGUUUCAGCUUGGCUAAGUGGUUGCUUUCUAGAAUGUGAGAUUUUCCUUAGAAAGAUGAACAUGAGGUUUAGAUUAACAUAAUCAGCAUCCUAAAUGGGAAUUUUCAGAUUGUUUGUGAAGUGAAAAGUUUUUUAAUAUCUUUAAAUCUAAAUGGGAUAUAUGUAAGUAAUGGAAUUUAACGGAAGUACUUUAUACGCUGCUCGUCAGUAACUUUGAAUUUGAUUUAUUGUUGGAAUUUUAUGGAACAUGGGUUAAUGGGACUGCUGCUUUUCUGGUAAGUGGUUUUUAAAAAAAUCUUUAAACAGCCAAUCUUGAAUGUAUUAUCCUUUCGGGAUUUUAAAAUGUUGUCUUUGUUCAAGAAAGCUUGAAUUUAAUUAGAUGGAUUUUUUUUUGUUUGGGGGCUAGAAAUUGGUUUUAUUUGUUCUAGUAUCUAGUUUUAUUUGUUCUCCCUUAGUUAACUUUGAGUUAUCCAAUUCAUGGAAUUUUUGUGGUAAAAUUUUAAUCCUAGAAUCCAAUCACUGACUGUUCAUUUAAGUGGGGGAUGUCUGAACAUACUAUUGACUGGGUAAAACAGGGAACAAAAUUUGAAUUUAUGGCCUAAACGCAGUCAGUUACGGGAUUUGGGUUGCUCUGCUUUUAUGGGAUGAGAAUUCCGAGUGACAGGGUUCCAUGCUAUGCUACCACACUGUGUCCUGGGCAGUGGUCCUUUCAAGCACUGACCUCUUAAUCUGUGCGGCCGGUCCCGCUGCCACCAUCCCUGGCCCUGUGUUGCUCAACAAGAAAGCUAGGCUCAUCUGGACAUAAGGAAAAGUCCUCACUUCUUCCCCAGCUUACCUCUCAAUCUUGGUUCUUCCAGAACACUUUCUUUUUCUUAACACAAGUCAACUGAAAAGUAGGAUUUGAUACAUGGAGUUUUGUGACCAGUUUAUCUGACAUACAUAGAAUCUAAGGGAUUCCUGGAUUCUACCAGUAAUACUGAAAAGCACACCUGAUAAGGCAUAGCUUUUUUGUUGUAGAAAUACAGAAUAUGUUCAUUAAAAAAAAAUGGACGUGCAAAUUGCAUCUCCGUGGGAGAUAUACUUUAUACAUUUGGGUGUGUAUUUUUCACUGUGGAUUUCUCUUUGUUUCUCUCUUCCACUCGUUCUUUUUCUGUGUCACUCUUGUAUGUCCUAGUAUGCCUCAUACCUCUUGUAUAGCCUCUCUAGGCAGAGAGCAGCCAAGUCCUUCAUCUGGGUGAUAAAACCCUCGCUCUGUCUCUGGGGCCUAUGAAAAUUGGGAAAUAUUGGAACUAUUGGCAAGUUGGGUAAAGGGUUGCCUCAGAUUGUCACCCAUCCUUGGUAGCCCGCAUUUUACAUUGUGGCUGUGUUUUCCUUUGACAGGUAAGUGCCAUCUGUGUUGCUAGUCAUCACGGUACUGCCAUUGUUUUCAGUCUUCCGUAGGGUGUCACCUAAGCUGCUUACAUACUUUACAAGUUUGCAUUCAGUUUGUUGACUGUUGUAUAAGCAAAUCACUUCUCCGCUCAGAAAUCCACAGUAAGUUCUUAGGAAGCCCCAAUAUCAAAUGCAUACUUUUUGUCUUCCUCUGAACCUUACUCCUACUUCUACUGAACAGGGACUUCAGUUUAAUUCUCUUCUGUCCUUCAAGGCCUGGCCCCAUUCCUGGCUCCUCAAGAGACCUUGACUGUGAGGCCUAUUUCAUUGUCUAUCUUCUUUGAAUCCCUAUAACACUGCAAGGCUGUACAACAUCCUCCUGCACCAAAUUAUAUAUUGUCUUGUAUUGUUCCUAGCUUGUUCAUGUAUAUCAGUCUUGUCUCCCUCAUGAGAAUGUAAGCUCCUUAAGAGCAGGGACCAUGUCUUAAAUUUUUGUAUCCACCACAGUGCCUGGCACAGUGCUUGGCACAUGGGUGCUGAAUAAAUACUUUGUUUAUUGCUCAGCAAAC